AUGUCGAACAUUCAAUAUGGACGGAAGCGGCGCUUGAGGCCGAAGUCUAUUUGGCUGGUGGUUCUCGCUUCUGGUACCUUUGGAUCAGACGACGUACCACAGGUUCCAUCAACAGUCGGUAAAGUGACCAUGAUAUAUGGUAACAACUCGGUUUACGAGAGGGCGUUAGACACACACAAAGAACAUUGCCGACGAUUACGGUAUCCAUUGUUUGUUCUGCGCAGACCUAUUCUCGACGGUGUAUGGAAUAAAUAUGCCAUCCUUCUGUCUGUCCUGCUACAGGAAUUGGAGAAACCGGUGGAUCGACAACUGCAAUGGCUCCUCUGGUUUGACAGCGACACUGUACUCAUGAAUCCAAACAUGCCUCUGGAAACCUUUCUGCCCCCAGCACAUCUCUCGGACGUUCACAUGCUGCUCACCAAGGACUGGAAUGGAAUGAACAAUGGAGUGUUCUUCAUCCGUGUACACAAAUGGUCCGUCGAAUUGCUUACAGCAGCGACCGCCUAUCCCGUUGUGAACCCUGACGUUGAGCUUUAUUGGCCCGACCAGUCGGCUUUAGACAACGUCUUCAAGGAGAAUCAUUACUUCUCUCGAUCCGUUGUGUAUUGCCCGCUCCGUUGGUUCAACGCUUACAUGAGGAGCCCCGAUGGGAUGGCUAUAAAUCCGGAUUCGCCUGCAGACCUUCAGGUUCACCCUGGAGAUCUUCUCGUCCACUUUCCUGGAACAGGACAGGAUCAUUUAGGCCAAACGCUAGGUCCCUAUAUAGCUAUCGCGGAAGAGCAUCGAGCAGAAUGGGAGCCAACUCUGGAGAGCACGCACUACACAGAGGAAACAGAGUCAUUUUGGAAGAAGCAUGCGCCGGUUGUCUCGUGA